AUGGCGAAGAAAAAGGGCUGGUUUGGUUGGGUCAAGAGGUUCUUUACUUCUGAAGCAAAGACAAGGACACAAAAGAAAUCAAACGACUGGAGAUGGAUUUUUCGAAGACUUGAAGUACUUCAUCAAUACCCUGCACAGGCUGCACUGACAGCACCAGAGAGGACGCUACGUGAAGCUACGGAAGAGCAGAAAAAACAUGCUUUCAAUGUUGCAAUGGCGACAGCAGCUGCAGCAGAGGUUGUGCGCCUUACUUCACAACCUUACCACUAUUUCACAAAGUUUGACAAGAACUUGGCUGCCAUUAAAAUUCAAAGCGCUUAUCGGGCGCAUCUUCAUGGUCUAAAACUUUUAAGUGAAACAGGCAAGGAAAGAAUUGCGAGCCUUGAAGGGACUGGUGAGACUUCAAGCCAUAGUUCGUGGCAGAGCUGUGAGACACCAGCUACCACUUUGAAGCGUUCACCAUCCAACAGAAGAGGUCAGGCAGAGAUUUGGAAAAGGAGCAUUCCAGCCGCAAAUGAGGGAUGA